GCCAUUUGACCAAGGUACUUGCUUCCAAGGACAUCUUGGGCUGAUCUACCGUCAAUAUACACCAUACAGUCAUCAUCAUGGGUUCCAUAUCACAAGCCUAUAGACAGCUGUACAUCCUCGACACCGAUCUCUCACAGCCCCAGCCACGACGCGGUCGCAUUCUAUCAUGCCUCACAGACGGCAGCGACCUGGAAACGGUCAUAGAUAACAUGACCACCAUGCCAGAUGGCAUAACCAUCGACUACGAGAACAACCACAUGUACUGGACAAACAUGGGCCGCAGCCUGAAAACGAAAGGCGGCUCCAUCGAACGAGCCAACCUCGACGGCUCCGACCGCAAGGUUAUCGUGCCCGAAGGGUCAGUGGGCGUCUUCACACCCAAACAAAUCACAAUCGCCCGCGAGAGCCGGAAACUGUACUGGUGCGACCGGGAAGGCAUGAAGGUGAUGCGCGCCAACAUGGACGGCUCAGACGCCGAGGUGCUCGUCUCCACAGGCGACACGGAGGAGGACAGGCAGGACCAGCGCAGGUGGUGCGUCGGGAUCGCGGUCGACGAGCGGCGCGGGUUCUUCUACUGGACGCAGAAGGGGGCCCCCAAGGGCGGGCAGGGCCGGAUCCUGCGGGCGCCUGUCGACGGGCCGAAGGGGUUCCUGCCGGACAGGCGCUGGGACGUCGAGACGGUGUUCGACAAGCUCCCCGAGCCCAUCGACCUCGAGAUGGACGCCGAGUCCCAGACGCUGUACUGGACGGACCGGGGGGACCCGCCCAGGGGCAACUCGCUCAACCGUGCUGCUAUCGGCAUGGGGGGCGUGCCGCAGGUCUUGGCGACGCGGCUACAUGAAACUAUUGGGCUGGCGUUGGAUAGGGAUGAGGACGUGGCGUAUGUGACGGACCUGGCGGGAGGCGUGUAUGCGAUUGAUAUCAAGAAGCGGACGAAGAAGGUCUUGUUCCCGGAGUUGGGUGACCUUACCGGCAUUGCGUUGGUUUAG